GUACCAUCGUCAGAGUGAACGAGAAGUACGGGCUGUUCAUCAACAUUGGAAUCGGCGUCGAUGCCCUUUGCACGAAUACCCAGCUGGACAAGCCCGUUGCUGACUACCAGGAGGGCGGCAAGAUCGACGUCAAGGUGCUGAAUGUGGACGUGGGCAAGGAGCAGGUUGAAGUCACCACUCGGCCUCUGGCGUCCGAAGCCAAGGUGGGUGACACUGUUGAGGGCACUGUGGUGACCCAGAUUCCGGCUGGUGUCUUCUUCGAUGCCGGCUUCUCCAGGGACUUGCUUUGCCCGACCAACUUUCUCAGCAAGCCAAAGGAGGAGUACUCACGUGGCGAGGUCGCUGACCUAACGAUCAUGCAAGUUGACGGAGACCGAGUCACCGUGUCUGACAAGAAGGACGUCGGCAAGCCCAUCGGGAGCUUUGUCCGUGGUCAGGAGGUCUCUGGCAAGGUGGUCCGCUACACGGAGGGCUUGGGCAUCUUCCUGGAUGUCGGAGCUUCCCGGGAAGCGCUGUGGCGUACAAAGGGUCCGGGCGCCACCGUCUUGCCGAAGGAUGCCAAGGAGUACGCGCAGGGCGAGGAGGUCAGUGGCCUCAUCAUCACUCGCCUGGAUGUGCAGACGCAAACCCUCGAGGUCGCAAUGCCUGGUGCCGAACUGCUUAAAACCAGCUUAUCCAUGGAGAACAUGGAGGUCGGCCAGGAAGUUUCAGGCAAAGUGGCAAAGACCAUGGCCUUCGGCGUUUUCGUCGAUAUCGGUGCUGAGAGGGAUGCGUUGUACGCUAUUUCGCAGCUGGACAAGCCGCUGGGUGACUACAAGGUUGGCGACGAACUGGAAGGCCUACGCGUGGUGGAGGUGGAUGCCACACGCCAGCGGCUUGCGGUCUCCACGCGUCCGCUGGCAGCCGACUUCGAGGAGGGCCAGGAGGUCACCGGCAAGGUCUCAAAGAUCAUGGACUUUGGCCUGUUUGUGGACAUCGGUGCGUCCGUGGAUGCCUUGCUUCCAACUGGGAUGCUUGCCAAGGAUACCGGCGAGUACUCUGAAGGAGAGGUGCUGGAUGAUCUGAAGGUUAGCCGAGUGGACAUCCAGAAGAACCAGAUUGCUGUUGGCCAGAAAUCUGGUGGCAUGUCCUCCGGAGCAAGUUUGGAGAUCGAUUCUCUCGAAGUUGGUGCCAAGGUCCCGGGUGUCGUGCGGGGCAUUCGGGAGUACGGCAUUUUCGUGGACAUUGGGCUGGGGCGGACUGACGCUCUCAUGCCAAACUCCAUGUUGGGUGAUGUUACCUCCGCGGCUUUCAAGCCCAACCAGAAGAUUGAGGUCUGGAUUGCGCAGGUGGACUCUUCGAACAACCGUGUCACAGUCAGCGCUGUGGAGCCCACUGCAGAGAUGCGUCAGCGCCGCGGCAGGGGCGGUGGAUCUGCUGGAGCCUCGCUGGAUAGCUACAUCCCGCAGGGAUUCAUGAUUCCAGACCCCAAGCGGCAUGCGGAGAUCAUCGGACGCGAAGAUCUCAUGGAUCCGGAGCCCAUCCCUUGGUACGAGUGGGCGGAGAAGUACCCAGGCUUCAUCCGCUUCCAAGAAAAGGACCAGGUCAUCACUAUUUCCGUGCGAGCGCACGGCUUCUAUGGUGAGAAGGAGCUGCGCCAUUCCCAGCCAGCCUUCAUCCCCAUCCCGGCUCACCUGCAGAAGGCUGAUGCCAAGCAGCCUACCAAGGAUGACCUCCGAGUGAAGUACGAGGACCAGCCCAUGCCCAACUACGACAAUGGCAUCAAGCCUGAGAUUCACAUCAAGUAUCGUCAGCCACCUCUCAACGACCCCAACUGGCGUGAGUACCCUGUUCCCGAUCGGCAGCCCAUCACCAUGGACUUCAAGGCCGAUCUCAUGCAAGGGAGAAAGGCGAUGACUGAGAUCUCCACUUUUCCGCAGGGCCGUUUGUGGACCUAUCCAGCUGCUGGACAGACUUGGCCGGCGGUCGCCGAGUCCACCAUGCUGGCUAUGGCACGUCUCCUCCACUCAAGCACCGGGGAGGAGACUCGCUUUGGGCGGCCCGCGGAGUCUGCCACGCCGGAGGUGCCACCGGCGAAGCGAGCCCGGUCGACGGGCCUUGACAACCGACCUCUGCAGGCUCUCGCCACGAACACUUCACAGGCCAGUGCGGUUCCCGCGCCCGUGGCCGAGUACAAGCUCGUACUCCUGGGUGACGCUGGAGUGGGCAAGACGUCUUUUGUCAAGCGACACCUUACAGGGGAGUUCGUGAAGAAGUACCGGCCGACAGAGGGCUGCGAGAUGAAGAAGCUGAAGUUCAUGACCAGCAGAGGUCCAGUGGUCUUUCAAGUCUGGGACACGGCUGGGCAGGAUCAUCUUGCUGGGUUGCGAGAUGGCUACUUCAUCGGGGCUCAGUGCGCCCUGGUCUUCUUUGAUGUCACCAAGCGAGAGAGCCACCAAAACCUGUCCAAGUGGGUCAUGGAUCUCAGGAAAGUAGCCGGUGACAUCCCAGUGGUGGUCGUUGGCAACAAGGUUGAUGCUGCGAACCGAGUGGUCAAGGCACAGGAAGGCUCCUUGAUCAUGCGGAAGCUCAAGGUUCAGUACUACGACCUGAGUGUGCGGACGCGCUUCAACACAGAAGCUCCGCUGCUCUUUCUGUCUAAGCGGCUGAUGGGAGACAGCAACAUCAGGCUCAUACCAGAGCCUGGAAGUCGACCGCCAGAACUGGCUUUGCCAUCAGCGGCAGAGCAGAGGCGGGCUGCAAGGGAGCUGACAGAAGCGCUGAACGUUCCGAUCAACGACAGCGACGACGAUCUCUGA